UGUAGGAAAGAAGAGUUUUCAAACGUCAAACUUGUCCGACGGAAUUCAUCUCUUCCAUUGGACUCACCUUGUCAUGUACGCAAAAAUAUAAAAACGAAAUCGUGAAAUAAGCUGUCGAAUCAUAAAAUAGGGGUACAUGAGGAAUGAGCUGGAACAAUAACAGCGUGAUUCGAUCGACGAGUUAAUCGGUCUUCAGGGGUUUCCAAGUGAUCCCUAGCACGCGUCCAAUUAUUCUUCAAGCUUGUCGAAAGUGUCGGCAGCUAAGUAGUAUACAUUGAAAUAAAUCGGACACGGAGAAGGAAAUAAAGCCGUUUCGAUAUUCGCUUGAACGAUUAGAGUUUUUUUCGAGGAAGGGAAGGGAAAUAAAAAGUAGAAGAAAAAGAAGAAGAGAAUUCGUCGGACGAUCGUAGCGGAAGAAAGUGGAGGGAAGUGGAAGAGGAUAAAUAUUCCGGUGAAUAGUCUAACUGAAGGUAGUGCUUGCCACGUGAAACUGGUCGCUAUUUCGCCGGGCUAGACGAGCGGCAAAAGCUCGAAACCCCCUGGUUUCCCGCGCACAGUACGAGCGAAGCACACACAACUACCCCGACCAACCAACCGACGAGCCGAGCCGCCGCCACCAACCCCUACACACAACAACCCAACGAAGCAUCCCCCACUCUGAAUCGCACAACAGCCUGAGCGGAAGUGCUAGUCAGUCGGCGAGCGACCUUCCAACAUUACGGGUUAGGUUCCCUCUUUUUCCGCCCGUCGUGUCUUCGUCCUCGUUUGUCUGAACGCGGGGACAAGCUUCGUUGCGGUUCGCGUCAACGUGAAAGGGAGAACGGAGAUAGUAAGAGAAAGAGAGAAAGAGAGAAAGAGAGAAAGAGAGAGAGAGAGAGAGAGAGGGAGGGAAAGAGAGAGAGAGAGAGAGAGGGCGAUCACGCGAGAAGAUACGUGCCAUCUCGAGGAGGAGAGAUUACGGGGGGUUGCCGUCGCUUCAUUCAUUUUCUAUAAUAAAUCGUCAACCUGACGAUUACUCUCAACGACAUCCGCCGCAACCGCAUUUGAUACGUCCGUAGAAAAUCAGGAAAGAAGAGAAUACGAAGUGGAAAGUAGUAUAACGAGUAAAGGGAAAGGAAAAUAUAUAGGAUAAUGUCAUUUUAACCGGAUCCCUCGUUUCGUUCGUCGAAAAAAAAAAAUCAAUGCGAUAUUUCUCACGAUCGAUCAGCUAGCAAUUAAAGUGUAUUUCUACUACUAUUAUCGAUCAUCAUCGAUCCUUCCUCGUACACGCCUACCGGUAUAUCGAAGUACAACGAAUAGCGAUCGUCUACGAUUUAUUAUUUUCUUUAGGAACGCGUGUGUUACAUCUCUGUGCGAAUAUAAACGAUAGACCUAGAGAUCUUUGGUUAAUUGUGAUACGACACAUUUGCAUACCGAGAAUACAUCGUCGAAGAGCCACCUGUUCGCGAGAGUGAAAUCGACGAUCGACGAGAAUUCCGAGAGAGGAAGAUCAUUACGCGCGAUAGCCGAUUGAAAUGGUGCGAGGAUAAAAAAGUGCCGCUAUUGUGAACGGGAAGGGAGGAUCGCGAUAAAUCGUUGUUGUGUACUUGUUGAAACGCUCGAGCACGUUACUUUUCCUUUAAUACUCCGAUAACUGUUUCCUAUUCGAAACUCGUGUUGGCGGUAUAGUUGAAGAAAGUUUUCCACGGUAGAGAGAAGUCGUAGCCCUAGCAAGAGAAAGAUCGUAAACGCGUUCGCGAAGAGGACGUUCUUCGUACUCGCGAAGUUUCCGUUCGCCGACGCUUCUCACACUGCCUCUUCCGGAGAUUGCGAUCGGAAGUUACCCCAGCUCGACCACGUGGUUAUGAGUAAGCAUCAGAGGCGCCGUGACUUCUCCCGGUGAACGCACACGCUUAGCUGCUCGUCUACAUUUCCGCUCAGCCGAACAACGACGACGACGGCUAUAAUACCUUUGCUACUUUUCGAUAUCGAUACGCUUGAAAUUCGUCGGAUCACUUUUAUCGCGAUUAACAAAUUUGUGCACGACUAUUGGUCGUCGAGCUCGAUUCUUCGCGGAUUUAAUUGACGCGUCGAAAGGUAUCCGAAAGAUUCGAUUUUGUCGAAGCUGGAAAUAAGUAAAAAGUUUCAUUAAUAGUGAAAUAAACGUAAAGAAAUCGCGCGUAAGCGAUCGAAGGUGAUCGAGUUGGGAAGAAAAGAAAGUAGCAAGAUCCCAGCCGCGGGGGAUCCCGAAAGGAAGGAGGGUCCAGCUGAGGUGGUCCAGUCCGGCUCAACGAUCGGUGUCAGGAGGCCGAAUCAGUCAGGCAAUUCAGGAGGGUGGGUGCAGUGGUGCAGUGGUUGCAGGAGGGCCAGCGAGGUUGGGGUGGCCUCGUCUACAGGCGCGUUGGCACCGAGCACACCGGGCCCCGGGGCUGCGGUGGUGGGCUGCCUGCUUGGGGUGUACCCGUGUUCUCCCUCCUCCACGGGGCCCAGGGGGCCCCUAACUCAUCACCACCUUCAGGCUAUCCCGGCACCACAACAAACGAUCGGCUGCCGUGCCUGUUGCUGUGCGCAUACCAAUCACCAACCUCCUUCGGUCCAGCUUACUAGCCAACGGGGCGGCCUAUCGCUGAGGGUAGCGAGGGUGGCGUCCACCACCUCCGUCCGAGCCGCCCCCUACGCCCACCCCCAGCACCAAGGGCUGGGGCAGGAGUGCAGGUGUAGGGAGGAGACGGGGGCAUUGGGUGGAGGUGGUGCGCACAUCCUCGGCAGCCCGAUGCUGUUCGUCCCGUUCACGGUGCCCACUUUCCCUGCGACGCACCAUCAGACGACUCAUCCUGCGCAUCAGACGCAUCAUCAACAGCUGCAGGCCACCAGCCAGAAUCCGGUGCAGCAGCCGCAGCAGCUCAACCAGCUGAAUCAGCUGAGUCACCUGAAUCACCAGGGCAUCGUGCCGGCAACAACCAAUCAACCAACUGUACACAGCACCAGCUGUUCGCCGCAGCAACAAGCGACUACACCGAACAAGGAAAUGAAAGUUAACUGGGCGACAUCGCCGGGCAACCAACCGAAGCAGGACACCAGCAAACACUACCACAUAUUCGUAGGAGACCUGAGCCCGGAGAUCGAGACGCAGACCUUGAGGGAAGCCUUCGCUCCCUUUGGCGAGAUCUCGGAUUGCAGAGUCGUCAGAGAUCCACAAACCUUCAAGUCAAAGGGCUAUGGAUUCGUGUCCUUUGUCAAAAAAGCGGAAGCGGAAAUCGCCAUCGGUACCAUGAACGGGCAAUGGCUCGGUAGCAGAAGUAUUCGAACGAAUUGGGCGACUCGCAAGCCGCCCGCACCAAAAUCUGAAGCGAACGCAAAGCCGCUAACAUUCGACGAGGUAUACAAUCAAAGCAGUCCGACCAACUGCACAGUUUACUGUGGCGGUUUGACCAAUGGUUUGACAGAGGAGCUCAUGCAGAAGACGUUCUCGCCGUUUGGAUCUAUCCAGGAGAUUCGUGUAUUUAAGGACAAGGGAUACGCCUUCAUCAGGUUUUCCACCAAGGAAUCGGCCACGCACGCUAUUGUGGCGGUACACAACACGGACAUCAAUGGGCAGACGGUGAAAUGCAGCUGGGGAAAAGAAAGCGGAGAUCCCAACAAUGCUCAACAAACUGGACAGGCGUUAUCGUCGGCGACGUACCCAUACUAUGCGGCGGCAGCAGCUGCCGCCGCGGCGGCGGCGGGCGUCGCGGGUGUCGGAGGCGUCGGUGGCGUCGGGGGUGCCGGCCAGCUCGGCUACUGGUAUCCGCCCCAAUCUUACCCGACAACGGCAACGCAGAUGCAAGCCGGUGGUUUCCUUCAGGGAAUGCAAGGCUAUACUUACGGUCAGUUUGCAGGAUACCAGCAGGCGCAGUAUAUGGGAAUGGGAAUGGGUGUCCAUGCUGCUGGCACGGCAGCUGGAUGGGGCCAAGGAUUACCUGGGGGACCACAGUUACCACCACACCACGCUACGACGGUCACGGCACCCCCAGGGGUUCAAGCCGCACCCCCGCCUCCACCACCCCCGGCGCAAAUGAUGGCCUAUCCGAUGCAACAGUUCCAGCUAGCGGAUGAGGACUGGCUGACGCCUAGCCUUCUAGUGUGAUGGUAAGCAAGUACAUCCCACCGACAGGAACAACUUCUAAAGCAACAACAUUUACCACCACCGACAGCAACAUCAACAUUUCCGUCACCAUCGACGCCACCGCGACAGCAAAAGCAGUAAAAAUCGUGCCGCUUCCGGCCUGACGUCUCGCGACACGAAGGGCAAUAAAGGUCGAGAAACGAAUAUAAUAUUAGCUUAGCAAAACAUAGAGAAAAAGGGGGAGGGGCGGGGAAUAAGGUUGAUAGAAAGUGAAAUGUAGAGAGGAGGAGAUAGAUGUGAAAGUGGAAGGAGAGAAGAAAAUAGAAAAAAGGGGGAGGGGGAGAGGUAAGGAAAGGAACGAAGAAGAUACAAAAGCCGUGAUAGAUUUUACGCAAGAUCCUUCCAUCCUUAACUACCCCGUUACGAAUUUCCACUCAUCCUCCGUCGAUUUUAAUUGACUCGAGCUUGUAAAGGAGGAGAGGGAUAAAAGAAGAAGAAGAAGAGAAAACGAACGAAAGAAAAAAAAAAAGAUAGAGAAGAAAUUCCGCUGUUGUUGAGCAAUCGGUGACGACAGACAUCCUCUCGCGUUAGUCCGCAAGAGAUCUUAGUCUAUUUCUAGUCUCAAAUAAUUUUAGGUAGUGUCUCGCCGUGUCACGUUAGUGUCAAGCGCUUAAGCACGAAAACACACGAGUUCUCGGAUGCACGGACCAACCAAACGCGUUCGCGCAGCAACAGUUGUCUUAGUUUUACUACACAACGGCCGACUUUAUGAAUGCACAACGCACGCACGCUUGUCGAAAGAGAAGAAAAGAGAGAAAAAGAGAUAGAGAUAAAGAUGAAUCAAUCGCUUAGGUUAUGCACGCGCACGCGUCUACGAUCGUGCGAAAUCGAUCAUCCAAAACUAAUUAGUCUCGUCUCCCUGAUCGCAUCUAUAUACAUACAUACAUACCCCAUUCCCACCCUUACCACUUAAUCCCCUUGCGCUGUGUAUAGUGCGUGCUUUUCGAAAAAAAAAUUUUUCCAAAUGGACCCUUUCGUCCUAUAAGAAAGAACAAAGUGGGAAAGGUAGAGAAUCAUCGGAUACCGAUCUGUUUCGUUAUUUUUAUAGUUUUGGGCAUAAACGCGAAUAGAGAAAAAAAGAAAGAGAAAGAGAUAUGUGUGUAAUCGAUAAGAAACUCGAACUCGCACCGCCGUAAGAGUGCGAAGUAAUCUUUUUAAUUCACAGUGUAUAAAGACUAGAUAAAAAAAAAAAAGAAAGAAAAAAGAAAAUUGUCGAGAAGUAUCGUGAAUUUACACGAGAAGAGAGAGAGAAAGAGAGAGAGAGAAAGAAAGAGCGAAAGAAAGAGCGAGAGAGAGAGAGGAAGAGAGGAAUAUAUAAAAAGAAAAUUAUUAUAAACGAAAUCCAACAAGUAGCUAGUUAGAUAGGUAUAUUAUAUUACAAAGUUGCUCGACGGACGAUUCGAAAUUCGGCGGCAAAGCGGAGGCGAACUUUUCCGACUUAAUCCACGAAUAAACUAAACGACGAUGAUCUACGCGUUUUUAAUACUGCGCGCGAUCACUUACGCUCGCAACCUCCGAUAAAAUAACUCUUAAUAAACAAAUGCUAUUGCGAAUCAGUACAACCAAACGUACUCUUUCUUAACUUUUACAAGAGAAAGAGAGAAAGAGAGAAAAAGAGAGAUAGAAAGAGAAAGAGAUAGAGAGAUGGGGAGAAAGAAUAAAGGAGAUCAGUUUGCCAGGUGCAAGAGCAUUUCAUACACGCAUGUGCAUUUAUACAUACGUAUUUGCUAGAACAAACUCGAGGCCAAAAAGACAAAUCAUCCGAGCGAGUCAUCGUAUUUAACAAAAUAGAUGAACAAAUAAAAAAAAUAAAUAUGUAGAGAAAGAAAGGGGGUAGGAGAGAGAGAGGGAGAGAGGGAGAGAGAGAGAGAGAACUUGUAAGAAAAAAACAUAAGAAAUGGACCGCUCAAUACUCUCGAAGUAUAAACAUUUUUAUUAUUAGUUCUCGUCCAAACCGAUCUCUGACAUUCGACGAGACAAGUAUUUUUAUAAAAGGAUCGUCGGUGUGCGAGCUUCGGGUCUCGCGACGCUCUCGAUCGUCACGUCGUCGUCGUCGUCGUCGUCGUCGUCAUCGUUGCCGUCGCCGUCGUCGUCUUGCGGCCGGUCAAUCGCAGUAAUAACCCUUGGUGGUUUUUAAAUAAGCGUUAGAUUUUUAUAUAAUACUAAAGUACAUACAUAGAACCAAGCACUAACGAAGAAGAAUAAUAAGGAGAAGGAAAAAAAAGAAAUUAUGAAACUCGUGACUUUAAGGACACUUAAGCAAUAAACCGUUAAGCUUACAAAUGGGUAAAGAUUAAAAUAAUAGACAAAAUAAAAAAAAAAAAAACGGCUUUAGCAAUCUCUCAGCCUCUCUGUAUAUCGCUCUUUAAAAAGAGAAGAGAAAUAAAGACGUUUUAAACUGGCGAACGGAAGUCGCGCAUUCUCAACAACGAAUGAAGGCUUUGGGAGGAGACACGGAGAAAGAAGAGAAAGAAGAAUCGACACACGAAUAUAUCCUCCGCGUGUAUUUAUGCAUUCCCCGCGUAAUUAAAUCCUCCGAACGAAUAAGAUAAAAGAAAAGGAAAAAGAAAAUAAGAAAAAAAGAAAGAAUGAAAAGAAAUGAAACACGGUUUCCAUGAUGUCCCGAAUUUCGACUCGGCUAAUUUAUAAAAGAAAAAAAAUGAACGAAUAUCGAGAUCGUCGGUUAUUGUAAUAAAGAUGGUGUGAAUAAUAACUAUGAUAAUCUGUAUGAAUGAACUAGUAUGUACGAUCGAAAGGAAGAGAGUGAGAAUGAACGAGUGAAAGCGUAAAAAGCGAUAACGAUGAAAUAUAUAUAAAUAUAAAUAUAAAUAUAUAUAUAUAUACAAAUAUAUGUAUAUAUAUAUACAUAUGAUUGCACAAGCGAAAAAAUGAAGAUGAAUGAUGCGAAAACGAGAGAAAGAAUUAAAUACAAUGCGUAGUUAGAAAUAUUGCACAAAACAGCACGAAAGUUACAUUAUAUAGUGGCAUUGAAUUUCCUUCUCGUGUACGCGCGUCGUGUCUAUCAUCGGUCCAGUAAGUAGUAAAAGAACGGCUGCCAUAAUCGAUUCGAAUUCUGUAUUUGAUCAUCUUUCGCAAUGGUCGUUGAAGUAAUAACGCGUUAGCAGAAAUUAAAAUAGUUGGACACAGAAGGUGUGUAUGCGUGUGUGUAUGUAUAUAUUUCACGAAUAGGUGGGUGGAUUGGGAGAGAAAUAAAGGGAGUAAGAGAAUAAAAGAGAAAGGGAGAAAGAGAGUGAAAGAAAGGGAGAAAGAGAGAAAGAGAUGGAGAUAGAGGGGAAGGGGAAGGGGAAGGAAAGAUUUUCGAUACUUGAAAAGGUAGAACAAGGCCGAAGUUGUAGAAACUCGUAGAACGCGAGCACCAUCUAUCUCCACGUUCCAUCUUUUAUCUCUCUGUCGCCUCCGCUUCCCUUUUGUCUCCUUUAUUUUUUUUCUUUUCUCUCUCUCUCUCUCUCUCUCUCUCUCUCUCUCAUUUUUAAGCACUAACAGAGCGCGGUGCUCUUGCACCAACAAGAGCCACGCGCUCCCAACUUCCAGCAGCUACCCUCCCAGCCUAAGCUAUAUAUAUAUACGUUUCUUCGUGCACCGCGAAAUCCUCUCUUUGAAGCCGACGAUGAAAUCCGUGUUUGCCUAUCCCUCAGAAAUGAAACUGUCUCAUCCUGUAGGAGUGCGUCGAUGGAUAGAAAGUCCAUGAACUUUUCAGCGAAACAAUGAAUCAAAGGAACCGAUAUAUAGAGAAUAUAUAGAACGUACAUUGAAAAGAGAAGAAAAGAUAGAGAGAGAGAGAGAGAAAGAAAGAGACAGGGUGUUAUAGAGAAAUAGUGAGUGAGACGAAGGGAAUGAAUAGACGGAAAGAGGAGAUAAAGAAUGGGAGGGAUAGUAACGACAGACAACGAACGAUAGAUCACUUUGUUAUUAAUCAAAAGAGAUAGGGCAGAUCGUGUUUUAAGCGAAUCAAAAGCGUUCAACGUUUUCAAAUCAAAAGGACAAGAUGAUCAAAGGGUGAGGCGUAGCAGCAAUGGCAAGAGGGAAAGGAGGAGAGAUGUUUGCCUGGCGUCCGGAGACGCCCGGAAACGUAACUCCGAACGAACGAACGAACGAACGGACGGACGAACGACGAAAUCGAAGUUUUCGAGAGGUAACGUCGGUCGCGUUGUGUUACUCUCUUUCUCUCUCUUUCUCUCUUUCUUUUUCUCUCCCUCUUCACUCUUUUUCACCUUCUCUCUUUUUUCUCCCUUUUCUCUUCUCAUUUUUUUUACCCUCUUCUCUUUUCCAACCCUUCGAAUCGCGUCGGGUCGCGUUGAUGAAAAGCACGAUCCGCUUGGAAUUCGUAACGUUCACAGACGAAUAUUAAAGGGGGAAGAAAAAGAGAAAAGAAGAAAAGAAAGAGAGAGAGAGAGAGAGAGAAGGAUAGGUAGUGGAAUCCCGUUAACGCAUCGUUUCGCGGACUUUAAACCACGUCAAGGACUUACGAAGAGAAAGAGAGAGAAAGAAAGAGAAAGGGAGAGGGAGAGAGAGGUGCAAAUGUCAGCUAAUAAUCCUAAGGUCCUCUCUCAACUGGCAGUGAUAAAUACAGCAGUUAUACCUGCCGUAGGAAAACGUGGAAAAGACCGACUGGCGCCGACGUGAUCUCGAUGCGUGUAACGUAAUUCGAUCGAUUUUGUUUCGUUUUAUUUUCUGUUUGUUUUUAACAAAAAUAUCCAAUGUAACUUUUUGUCAGACGAUAUCACGUAUCGUUAAAUCGAUUAAAGAGACGUCCAAUUCGACGGACGUUCGAGGAAAAAUUUUUUAACGAUUAACAUCGAAAGAAAAUUUCUCUUUUAUCCCACCCGUCGUAUAAUAUAAUAUUCUAGAAGCGCCUUAUGUGGACACGGCGCGAACGCAUUGAGAAGGAGUAACAAAAUGAUAACAAAAAUAUAUAUAUAUAUAUAUACAUACAUCAUACCUGCGCACAGCGGCGAUGAUGAAAGCUGUUAUUUUGAAUCGUCGCGCGUGAGCGAAGCGCGCGCGUUGUGCGUGGUGGAAAUAAUAGAUAGAUAGAUAGAUAGAUAGUUCAUAAGUCGAACGAGGAGACAUGAGAAAACAUAAGGGAGAAGAACAAAAAUCAUGUACAUUAUUAGUUAGGCGAAAAAGAAAUAAAAAAAAAAAUAUAGGAUAUUUUUGUGAAAAGUGGGACGAGAUAGAGAGAAACAGAGAGAGAGAGAAAGAGAACAAACGUAACGUUUGUGCGACGAAUCUCGCCAACAAUUUAGUGUAAUAAUUAAAAAAAAGAAAAAGAGAAAAAAGAGAAAAGAACAAAAAAAAAGGAAAGAACGAAAAAAAUGAAUAAGUACGCGAAAGAAAAUAGCAACGAAACGAGCAAUUUAGAAAAUUUAUCGGAAAAAUCUUCUAACGAAAUUCUAUAUCUCGAAAGUGCUCGUAAGGAUCAGAAGGACUAAAGGGAAAACUUUAGUCUUUCUUACGUUUCCUUGAUUUUUUUCCUUCUUCCCUCAUCGCGAAUAAAAAGGUCUCACUCCCUCUCGACGAAAACGCGUCUCGUUGCGCCUCUCGUCUCGAUUCCACUUUUAAGAUGGAGUUCCCCGGGGCCGGAUCUCUUUCAAAGAAUCAGCGGGGAUGACUCGUCCUGUAUAAAAUGUUUUAAGAAAAAGGCGCCUUAAACAAUUGAGGUGUGUAUAUUAACUUUAAGCGUAGUAGUCUCGUACUGUUGUCUAGAGAGAGAGAGAGAGAGAGAGAGAGAGAGAGAGAAAGAGAAAAUGCGAGAGAGAGAGAGAGAGAGAAAGGACACCGAAUGAAGUUAGCCAAGUAAGUGGACGCCCACCAAAGGGGAAACCAAAAAAUGUAGUGUAUAAUAAAAAUAAAGUGAUAAGUAGGUAAUUUUAACUUAAGCUAUGCUAGAGAAAUGUUAAGGAGGCGGAAGAGUGUUAGUGAAAAUGUGAAUGGAAAGAAGGGACGAAGGAUGUAAGAAAGAUUUCAGAAAAGAGAAGAAUGGAAUACAAAGGAAAAACAAGGAGAAUACUUAUUAACAAAAGUUUGUCCGAAGGAAGAGCAAAUGGAUAAAAAGGAUAUGUGUAGGAGAGAAUUUGCGAAAUCCACUUAUGGUACCUAAGACUUAAGGACGGCGAAGCGUCCAGUUACAACGCGAACGACACAAAUAGCCAUUACACAUUUGAAGGAACACGCGUAAUCUUUACCAAUACAUACCUAUAUACACAAUAAACACGCGCAUGUAAAUACACACGUUCGAAGGAGACACCUCGUACGCGCACCACUCCGUUAUAUAUACAGACAACAUAUACGAAUACAUAUACACAGAACAUACAAAUAAAACAGUGAGAAAACAUCACACAACCUGUACAUCGUAGCCACACGCGUAGAAAACGUAGCGGCGAGAGAAACUUAAACGAAAAACGCUCUAGACGUAGUGUCUAGCCUAGUCUAGCUUGUCGGUCACUAAGUUUACGAGUAAGAGGAAAAAAAAAGUCGUCACGUGAAAAAAAUAGCGCAGUAAGAAAUUAUAUCCUCAGAACGCAUACCAGAGCACCGUUAUACCACGGCGUUACACGCACACGCGCACACGCGCACAAUAUUAACACGCGCCGCGGCUGCUGCCACCCUUCAACCCUCUAAUCGUUCGCCGAAGUCUCCACCCGGAUUCGGAGAUUCUACGAGACCCUUACAACGUGUCCGAUAUCAAUAUGAUUCUCGUCGUUCCAACGACGACAAUUUUUACCGUCGUCGUCGUUUAAGCUUUUCAGCAAGCUGCCGCUUCUGGCAUUUAUCGAAUCAUGACAUUUGCGAGUUACGAUGGAAUCUAAUUUCUUCUUCUUUUUUUUUUUCUUUCCUCUUCAUCCCUCUUCUUCCUUAACCAGCAAUUUCAAUCCACUCUUUCUCUCUCUCUUUCUCUCUCUCUCUCUCUCUCUCUCUCUCUCUCUCUCUCUCUCUCUCUCUCUCUCUCUCUCUCUCUCUCUCUCUCUCUCUCUCGACCAAUUCUUUAUAUUUCUUUCUUUGUAUCCUUUUGCUUCGUCAUUCUUUAUUCCCUCCUCCUCCUCUUCCAAACUCUACAUCAUCCCUCAAUGGCAAAACGCAAUUUGAAAUCCGCUGGCACACGAUUCUACGCGUCGCAGAUUUUCUUCUAACAGAAACUUAUCGGGUGAUAGCCGACAAUCAUUGAAGAAACAUAACUUUAGAAAAGUCCUCUCGUUCUUUUCUCGUCGGGGAUAUUAUACGAUAUGUAUAUGUAUGUAGUAGGAAGUACGUGAUACGUCUUAGCGAGGAUGUUCCAUAAGAGAGAUCUACUAGUACCCUCGCAAAAGUUCCGUCUCGCUAGAGAAUCGAUAUGACAUUAUAUUUUAUAUUAAUUUAUCACGCACUAAAUCGUUCUCCGUUUAUCCGUCGUUAAUCGAUUAACAACUCAGCAGCAGCUCAUCGAGCUCUCCGUCAGAGAUUUUCUUAACGAUAUAAUAUGUAUAUGUAUCAACCUACUUAUGUGUAUAUAUCGUACGAAGACAAGCGAGGUGCAAUCGUCCUUUUCAUUAUUGUAUUUUUUUAUUAAUUAUACUUUACGAUAAGCGUAGAAUGUCUAUCCUGGUUGUCGUGUGCGUUUUUACUCAAAAAGAAAGAAAAAAAAAAGAAACAAACAAAAACAUAAGAAAAAAAAACAAAGGAAACGAUCUCCUUGUCUUUGUGAUCCAUCCGUUCCGGCCGAAUUCAAAAACAACCCUUCGAUGCUAGUAGUUACACUUUGUAAAGGGAAGGAGGGCAGCAGUCAGGCCAGUUGGUAAAUACUUUAACCGAUUCGCGGAGUUACCCCGAGUAAUAAUGCUUAGAAUUUAGUGACACGAACGUUUUAAAUGAAACGAACACGAUUUCAAGAAAUAAUGCAGAACAUUGCGAAUGAAAACCAAAAAAAAAAAAAAGAAAAAUAACAAAAGUAGGAGCCGUUAAGCAUAGGCAUAAAAGUAAUAUAUAUAUAUAUUACGCGAAAGACUACAAAACAAGACGUGCACAUCUAUAUAUAUGAUACAAAAAUUAUGUAUAUUAUAUAUACAUACAUGUGUAAGAGAAUAAAACAUUAGCCGACAACUAGAGAAUAUAUCGAAUAACAAAUAAAAAAUAUAUAUAUACACACACAUAAGCUUAACGAGAAUAAAAAAAAGAGGCGUACGUGAUGGCGUUAUAAAAAGAGAAUGAAACAAAAAAAAACAUAAUGCGUGUAAAUGCGUGGCUCGCGAGAUAAACCAAACACUGUGUUAAAUACUUUUAGCCGUAAGCGAGAAAAAGAGAACUCGAACUACCAUUCAAAUCGUAUAUAACUCGUAAGAGAAUAAAUAUAAUAUAAACAACAACAACAGAACAAAAUAAAAAACAAACACAUUGUAGCUAGCCUGCCGGACCCCCUGAGCCCUUAUACAUAUAUACAUAUAUAUAUAUAUAUAUAAAUAUAAGUAUAUAUAUAAUACGUGUAAUGUAUGAAAUACAAGGGAGAGAGAGAGAGAGAGAGAAAGAGAGAGAGCGAUAGAGUACGAUCGAGCGAAAGUGUGAGAGAGCAAAUAAAAGAGACACAGCGCGCCUCGGUAAAACAAACUAAACCAAAAAAAAAUAAAAGUCAAAGAAAAAUAAAACAGAAAGAGAGAGAGAGAGAGAGAGAGAGAGAGAACAGGGGAAAGUGUAAGGAAACAUACAAAAAUGGAUAUUAUUAAAGAAAAUAAAUAAAAAACAAAAAAAACAAAAAAAAAACAAAAAAGCCCCAAAAAAAGGAGAGGUGGAGGAGAGUUGCUACCAAAAACAAAAAAAAAACAAAUUUAUGGUAAUUACGAUCGCGUCCGAUUCAUACAGAGAAAAAAACACCUACGACGUUCCUUCAUUUUUUCGUAGUUUUUCGUACGAGAAAACGACGUGCGCGUUACGGGCCUCCACGCAAUCGGUCCACCCCCAUCCAACCCCCAACCCCCAACCCGGCGCGGCAUGCGGCAUAUCACUUACGACCGUACGCUAAGGAGUUAGGUGCCUUUUUCCACAUCGUUAUGUGUGCGUGUAAUUCUUGGAAGGGGAUAACGAGGAUAACGCGAGAGAACGAAAACGAACGAGAGGGAGAGAGAGAAUGGAAAAGUCGGUAAUCAUCGCGAAGGUAAACGCCAAAAAGGAGAAGGGGAGGGUAGGGUGAAAAAGGGAAAGGAGGGAGAAAAAGAAAAGGGUGAAAUGGCAGAACGGAGUUCGAGGGAAGAGGGGCCGGUUUUUGACAUCCAUCCAUCGUGCAUCGUCCGACUUUUUUUCCAAGAAGCUGCGGAAGAAGUUUCGCUCUCGAACAUGCUGUGUGUAUAUGUAUCUGUAUAUGUGUAGUUUAAUGGGAGGAGACGAAGCGAUGCAUGGAAGAAGAAACGGACCGUGCACGACGAAAGCAACAAGAGAACAAAGAAAAAGAUAAAUGAGGAAAAAAGAGAUAAACGAAAAACGAAAGUGAAGAGGGUGAAAUAUAGGAAGAAAGGGAAGGACGGGAGGAAGCGUAUAAGGGGAGGGUGUAAAAAUGGCGUUCGAGCGCGCUUACGCGAUUUAAGUAACGUAUACUUGCGUGAUUCAAUGAGAAAACGGCCCGCGGGGUCCCAUGGCAGCCUCGUUGCGUAUUUAAGUUUAAACGGCGAGGAGUAGAAAUGGAGUAAAAUAGGGAAAAAAGGAGGAGGAGAAGAAGGAGGAGGAAAAAGAGGAGAAGGAGGAGAAGAAGGAGGAGGAGGAGAUGGUAUGAGCGCGCGCGCGCUCCAGUAUAUAUACCGAAGGACAGUUUCGUGAAACAACGCCGAGCGUAGCCUGUAUAAUGUACAUGUAAUUUGCCACAAAAACGCGACGGAUAGCCGACGAUACACAUAGGACACACACGUAUAUCCAGUUACACUGAGACACAAAGAUAUUGCAGAUAAUACACGUACAGACAUACACGUACUUACACUUAGUACACCAUCAAAGUCAAAUGCACACAACUACGCAGCAUACACACAUAUAUACACUUACGCGUGCUGCACGUACGAAAGUGCAUUGGUAUAAUAAGGGAGCGAGAAGAGCGUGAGAGAGUGGGAGAGAAAGAGAGGGAGAGAUAGGGAAAGGGUGCAACAAGAAAAAAAACUUAAGCGAGAGGGAGUGAGAGAGAGAGAGAGAGAGAGAGAGAGAGAGAGAGAUACCUCUAGAGACAAGUCUCACACGUACAAUAGAAUCGCGAGACGCCCUGGGACGUGCGUGAGAAAACGUGUAUGAUAUUAUAUAUACAUAAACAUAGCAUAUAAAGUAUAUUAUAAAAACAAAAAAUGAUGAAUAUAAAUAAAAAAUAUAUAUAUAAAUACUAUAUGAGAAAAAGUAAACAAAGUAUAAAUAUGAAUGAAGUAUAUAAACGAGAAUAUAGGAUAAAAUACGCUUAGGCUUAAGGAUAUAAGAUAUUAUUAUGAUGAUGUAUGGUUGGUUUAUAAUGUAAAAUAUAUUAUAGAAAAUGUA